AUGGGAGACCAGAUGCUGCUGCAGGUGGUGUUGGAGAGCCAAUCGUCCAAAAAGGUCUAUAGCUGCACCAUCGAGAGCAUCCUGAACAGUUACAUCACUGCCUGGUUGGAGUGGGUGGAGAUCAUAGAGCCGCGCACGCGGGAACGCAUGUAUGCCAAUCUCCUCACCGGAGAGUGUGUGUGGGACCCCCCUCAAGGGGUACGUAUUAAGAGGACAGGGGACAACCAGUGGUGGGAGCUGUUUGACCCCAACACCUCCCGCUUCUACUACUACAAUGCUUCUACGCAACGCACCGUCUGGCACCGCCCUCAGGCCUGUGACAUCAUCCCCCUCGCCAAGCUACAGACGCUGAAGCAGCACACGGAUGUUCCCUGCCCGGGAGGGGGAGGGACAGGGGGAGAAAGAGGAGGGAGGACGUCAGCUGAUAACAGCCCGGGAAGGAGCAGUGCGGUCAGUAGAGAGGGGAGCACCUCAUCUUCACUGGACCAGGAACUGACCGCAUCAGAUAAACAGGGGAACAGAGAGGAGGCAGACAGAACCUCUCCGUUCAGAUGGAACACAGGUACCAAGGAGAGGAUGCUGAUCAAGGUGACAGACAGAGAACCCAGCUUCCUCUCUCACCAGGGGAACGGCUACUCCCCCUGCGACCCCCCUACCCUCACCCCCGCACCUGGCACCGGCACCGCCUCCCGUACCCGCCGUUCCUCUGGAGGCUCCGCCACCCCUGACACCGGCCCCGACGGCUCUCCAAUCCUCUACGUCGACCGCCGCCAGUCGCCCUUCCUGAAACGUGCGGAGCUAGGGGGCGGAGGUACCGGGACACACCGUCGCCCCUCGGCCGACUCACAGCCCCCCUCCCCCCGCUACGCCUACGAACCACCCCUCUACGAGGAGCCCCCCUCGGAGUACCAGCCCCCGCCCAUCUACGAGGAACCACCCACAGACGUGAUGCACCACCUGGGCUCUGACUCCUCCUUGCUGUAUGGCACAGGGAAGUCCCCGGCCCGGGGAAAGCCCUCCUCGGCGACGCCCCUCUAUCACUCUCCCAAACAGAGCCACUCCCCCUACGGCCAGCUGGUGCUGACCAGACAGAAGUGUCCAGAGAAGACCCAGAGUCUGGAGUACAGCCCUGCUGGGAAGGAGUAUGUCAAACAGCUGGUCUACGUGGAACAGUCCUCCUCCAGCCCACGUUCUAAGACAGCCGACCGGCUCCUUCACUACGGGACCUCCACGGCCACCCCAUCCUCCAUGGGGGGGUAUGGGGGCUCCUACGGAGGAUCCUACACCCUCCAACACAGCCAGAGUCUGAUACGGGACCCCCGGCUGCUGCUGGACUACGGGAGCGAGGAGGGGGGCGAGGGCGGAGGCCAGAGGUUGCUCUACGAGGAUUCUAUGUCCUGGAGCUCCAGUCAGCACCACUCCCUCUCCCUCUCUGGGUCUACAGGUGGAGGGGGCUUCUCGCCCGGGGGGAACCGCAAACGCAAGACCCGGAAACCCUCCUUGCCCCAGGAGCUGGGAAGGUGUGGAGGGGGUGGUGGUGUUGGGGCGGACUGGGAGGAGGGGCCGAUGUCGGGGACCCUGUCAGAGGCAGUGUUGAACCAGGCCAGGCUGGCAUGGGAGGCCCAGCAAGUGAUGAAACAGAGGAGCAGUUGGGAAUCAGCCCCGGGGGAAGGGGGCUCGGCCAGGGGCUCUAACCAGGGAGGAGGGUCUAAAGACGGGUACGAGAGUGAUGGGGCGGUGCCCCUGCCCCUGCCAGGCCCAGUGGUGAGGGCGUUUAGCGAGGACGAGGCGUUAGCACAGAGCGACGGGCACCGCGGGCAUUACCAUUGGAAACGCAGCACCUUCGACAGACUGGGCUUCCCUCAGGCACUGCUGGAGAAGAGCCUGUCUGUACAGACCAACCUGGCCUCGCCUGAACCCUUCCUACACCCCUCACAGUCAGAGGAUCUUGGAGCGUGUGCUCAGUUCGAGGCGAGUCGGAAUGCUCGGAACAUGAUGCCCAGCGCCAGCUGUGGAGUGUUCCCAGAAUUCACCUUGAGGAAGCCGUCCUCCGAGACCGACAUUGAGAACUGGGCCUCCAAACACUUUAACAAACACACACAGGGUCUGUUCCGACGCAAGGUGUCCAUAGCCAACAUGCUGGCGUGGAGCAGUGAGCCAAUCAAAAAGCCCAUGAUCGUGACGUCAGACCGUGCGGUGAAGAGAGAGGCGGUGGAGAUCUUUAAACUCAUCCAGACCUACAUGGGAGACCGCCGGGCCAAGACUGACCCGCUCACUGUCGCCCUGGAGGUGGCAGUGCGUGGUUGGAGCAGCCAGGGUCUUCGUGAUGAACUCUACAUUCAGCUGUGUCGUCAGACUACAGAGAACUUCCGCUACGAUAGUCUGGAGAGGGGCUGGGAGCUCAUGGCUGUGUGUCUGGCCUUCUUCCCGCCUACACCUCGCUUCCACUCCUACCUGGAGGGAUACAUUUACAGACACAUGGACCCCCUUAACGAUACUAAAGGAGUGGCGAUCAGCGGCUAUGCCAAAUACUGUUACCGUAAACUGCAGAAGGCUGCUCUGACCGGAGCGAAGAAGGGGUUGCAGAAGCCGUGUCUGGAGGAGAUUAAACACGCCAGGAACGCCAUCUUCAGCCCCUCCAUGUUUGGCUCUUCCCUGGAGGAAGUGAUGUCACUGCAGAAGGAGCGUUACCCCGACAGCCAGCUGCCCUGGGUCCAGACACGCCUCUCUGAGGAGGUCCUGGGUCUUAAUGGAGACCAAAUAGAGGGCAUCUUCAGGGUUCCAGGUGACAUAGAUGAGGUCAACGCUCUCAAACUGCAAGUGGACCAAUGGAAGAUCCCCACGGACCUGGAGGACCCACACAUCCCAGCCUCUCUGUUGAAGUUGUGGUACAGGGAGUUGGAGGAGCCGUUGAUUCCUCAUGAGUUCUAUGAGGAGUGUAUCACUCACUAUGAUGACCCUGAGGCUGCAGUCAACGUAGUGAUGGGUCUUCCUCACAUCAACAAACUGGUGCUCUGCUACCUCAUACGCUUUCUACAGGUGUUUGGCCAGCCUGCCAACGUGGUGAUCACUAAGAUGGAUGUGAACAACCUGGCCAUGGUGAUGGCCCCUAACUGCCUGCGUUGCCAGUCAGACGACCCACGCAUCAUCUUUGAGAACACACGCAAAGAGAUGUCCUUCAUCCGCGUGCUCAUCCAGCGCCUCGACACUAGCUUCAUGGACAGAUUGCUAUAGCCCCCCAAACCCUGCUCCAUCACCCCAGGCCAACGACACAGGACCCCCAUUGCCCUGCUAUAGCCCCCCAAACCCUGCUCCUGUACCCCAGCCAAUGACACAGGACCCCAACCUCCCUGCUAUAGCCCCCCAAACCCUGCCUCUGCAACCCAGGCCAACGAUAUAGGACCCCAACCUCCCUGCUAUAGCCCCCCCAAACCCAACUCCUGUACCCCAGGCCAACGAUACAGGACCCCCACCUCCCUGCUAUAGCCCCCCCAAACCCUGCUCCUGUACCCCCCAGGGCAAUGAUACGGGACCACCUCCUUCCCCUCCCUGUUAUAGCCCCCAAACCCUGCUCCUGUACCCCAGACCAACAUCAUCGGACCCCAAUCCCCUUCCCUGCUAUAGCCCCCCACUUUUAACUUCUCAACCAGAAACAACCACACAGGAUGCCCCCCAACUUCGACUGUACCCUUAAACCUCCCAAGGCCCCACCGGCCCCCAGACCCUGCUAUAGCCCCCCAACAAUAACUGUACCCCGACCAACUAGUUGGGACAUCCCCCAACUCCAACUACUGCCCAUUAAACCCAGCUGUAACCCCACAACUUCAACUAUUGCCCACUAAACCCAGCUGUAACCUCCCAACUUCAACUACUGCCCGCUAAACCCAGAUAUAACCUCCCAACGUCAAUUACUGCCCACUAAACCCAGCUAUAACCUCCCAACUUCGACUACUACCCGCUAAACCCAGCUAUAACCUCCCAACUUCAACUAAUGCCCACUAAACCCAGCUAUAACCUUCCAACUUCAACUACUGCCCACUAAACCCAGCUAUAACCUCCCAACUUCAACUACUGCCCGCUAAACCCAGCUAUAACCUCCCAACUUCGACUACUACCCGCUAAACCCAGCUAUAACCUCCCAACUUCAACUACUGCCCACUAAACCCAGCUAUAACCUUCCAACUUCAACUACUGCCCACUAAACCCAGCUAUAACCUCCCAACUUCAACUACUGCCCGCUAAACCCAGCUAUAACCUCCCAACUUCAACUACUGCCCGCUAAACCCAGCUAUAACCUCCCAACUUCAACUACUGCCCGCUAAAUCCAGCUAUAACCUCCCAACUUCAACUACUACCCACUAAACCCAGCUAUAACCUCCAACUUCAACUAAUGCCCGCUAAACCCAGCUAUAACCUCCCAACUUCAACUACUGCCCACUAAACCCAGCUAUAACCUCCCAACUUCAACUACUGCCCGCUAAACCCAGAUAUAACCUCCCAACGUCAACUACUGCCCACUAAACCCAGCUAUAAUCUCCCAACUUCAACUACUACGCACUAAACCCAGCUGUAACCUCCCAACUUCCACUACUGCCCACUAAACCCAGCUAUAACCUCCCAACUUCAACUAUUGCCCACUAAACCCAGCUAUAACCUCCCAACGUCAACUACUGCCCACUAAACCCAGAUAUAACCUCCCAACUUCGACUUCUACCCACUAAACCCAGCUGUAACCUCCCAACUUCAACUACCCACUAAACCCCACUGUAACCUCCCAACUUCAACCACAGCCUGCUAAACCCAGCUAUAACCUCCCAACUUCAACUACUGCGCACUAAACCCAGCUAUAACCUCCCAACUUCAACUACUGCCCACUAAACCCAGCUGUAAUUUCCCAACUUCAACUACUGCCCACAAAACCCCACUGUAACCUCCCGACUUCAACUAUUGCCCGCUAAACCCAGUUAUAACCUCCCAACUUCAACUAUUGCCCGCUAAACCCAGUUAUAACCUCCCAACUUCAACUAUUGCCCAUUAAACCCAGAUAUAACCUCCCAACAUCAACUACUGCCCACUAAACCCAGCUAUAACCUCCCACCUUCAACUUCUACCCACUAAACCCAGCUGUAACCUCCCAACUUCAACUACCCACUAAACCCCACUGUAACCUCCCAACUUCAACUACAGCCUGCUAAACCCAGCUAUAACCUCCCAACUUCAACUACUGCCCACUAAACCCAGCUAUAACCUCCCAACUUCAACUACUGCCCACUAAACCCCACUGUAACCUCCCAACUUCAACUACUGCCCACUAAACCCAGCUGUAACCUCCCAACUUCAACUACCCACUAAACUCCACUGUAACCUCUCAACUUCAACUACAGCCUGCUAAACCCAGCUAUAACCUCCCAACUUCAACUACUGCCCGCUAAACCCAGUUAUAACCUCCCAACUUCAACUACUGCCCACUAAACCCAGCUAUAACCUUCCAACUUAAACUAUUACCCACUAAACCCAGCUAUAACCUCCCAAAUUCAACUAUUGCCCGCUAAACCCAGCUAUAACCUCCCAACUUCAACUACUGCCCACUAAACCCAGCUAUAACCUCCCAACUUCAACUACUGCCCGCUAAACCCAGCUAUAACCUCCCAACUUCAACUACUGCCCGCUAAACCCAGCUAUAACCUCCCAACUUCAACUACUGCCCGCUAAACCCAGCUAUAACCUCCCAACUUCAACUACUGCCCGUUAAAUCCAGCUAUAACCUCCCAACUUCAACUACUGCCCACUAAACCCAGCUAUAACCUCCCAACUUCAACUAAUGCCCGCUAAACCCAGCGAUAACCUCCCAACAUCAACUACUGCCCACUAAACCCAGCUAUAACCUCCCAACUUCAACUACUGCCCGCUAAACCCAGCUAUAAUCUCCCAACUUCAACUACAACGCACUAAACCCAGCUGUAACCUCCCAACUUCCACUACUGCCCACUAAACCCAGCUAUAACCUCCCAACUUCAACUACUGCCCGCUAAACCCAGCUAUAACCUCCCAACUUCAACUUCUGCCCGUUAAACCCAGCUAUAACCUCCCAACUUCAACUACCCACUAAACCCCACUGUAACCUCCCAACUUCAACUACAGCCUGCUAAACCCAGCUAUAACCUCCCAACGUCAACUACUGCCCGCUAAACCCAGUUAUAACCUCCCAACUUCAACUACUGCCCACUAAACCCAGCUAUAACCUCCCAACUUCAACUAUUACCCACUAAACCCAGCUAUAUCCUCCCAAAUUCAACUAUUGCCCGCUAAACCCAGCUAUAACCUCCCAACUUCAACUACUGCCCACUAAACCCAGCUAUAACCUCCCAACUUCAACUACUGCCCACUAAACCCAGCUAUAACCUCCCAAAUUCAACUACUGCCCACUAAACCCCACUGUAACCUCCCAACUUCAACUACUGCCCACUAAACCCAGCUAUAACCUCCCAACUUCAACUACUGAAAAUGAAUCCCAGCUGUAACUUCCCAACUUCAACUACUGCCCACUAAACCCAGCUAUAACCUCCCAACUUCAACUAUUGCCCGCUAAACCCAGCUAUAACCUCCCAACUUAACCUACUGCCCACUAAACCCAGCUAUAACCUCCCAACUUCAACUUCUGAAAAUUAAUCCCAGCUGUAACCUCCCAACUUCAACUACUGCCCACUAAACCCAGCUAUGACCUCCCAACUCCAACUACUGCCCGCUAAACCCCACUGUAACCUCCCAACUUCAACUACUCCCCACUAAACCCAGCUAUAACCUCCCAACUUCAACUACUGCCCGCUAAACCCAGCUAUAACCUCCCAACUUCAACUACUGCCCGCUAAACCCCACUAUAACCUCCCAACUUCAACUACUGCCCGCUAAACCCCACUAUAACCUCCCAACUUCAACUACUGCCCGCUAAAUCCAGCUAUAACCUCCCAACUUCAACUAAUGCCCACUAAACCCAGCUAUAACCUCCCAACUUCAACUCCUGCCCGCUAAACCCAGCUAUAACCUCCCAACUUCAACUACUGCCCACUAAAUCCAGCUAUAACCUCCCAACUUCAACUACUGCCCACUACUCCCAGCUAUAACCUCCCAACUUCGCCUGGGAGAUAGGGGUCAUCCUGGUUUGGGGUCAGUAGUUGGAGUCUCAUCCCAGUCUGAGCCUGACCCCUCUACCGCCACUCUACACACAAGGACUUGCAUCGCACAGACAUUGUACAGGGUUACACACACACUCACCUAGACAUACUCUCACAUGUACAUUUACUGACACACACACACAUACUCUCACUUCUAUAGUACACAUCCAUUUACACAAUGACAGUGCUUAGAGUGACAAAUGGCUGACCAACACAGUACAAGAUCGAUGUGUUCAACCUAUAUCAUUAUUGAGAUAUACUCAGCCUACUAUUGUCAUAAAUACACACAAUGUCGCACGCACACACACACACACACACACACACACAGCUGUUUGACUCCCUACCCACCCAAUGGCUAUCACUGUCCGACAUGUUUUGGUGCUGUCCACUCCCCAGUCCCAGCCUCUCUCCCAAUACAAACCAAUCACGUCUGCUUCCCCCUUCCUGAUUCCCUGUGAGUUCUCAAAUGAGGGAGUCAGUCCACCUAUCAGCUCCAAGCCUAGAGCAACAUUCACACUGCCAUGUGAAGCCCGUUUAUCUGUCUGCACUGUUGUCACAAACCAACUGAUGUCGAUAAAGUUAUUUUGUUAUUUUGGAUGGCGGUGGUUGAUCCAGGACAGGUUUUAGAGGGGCUUACCGCAGCACUGCCAAUCAACUGUGUCUGUCGCAACAGGAAGGGAUGUCAGACACUGUUCCACAGGACUUCCUGUGAGACUUUAGAAAUACUGAUUUACCCCCUGCACCCCCUACCACCCAUCCCUUGGCCAUAGCCACUUCUGCCCCCUUCACCCCUCUGACCCCCCAGACAACCACAAAACCUCACCCUCCCCUCACCUCUCCUCACUCACCCCUUUUCACCCCUCUUCAGCCUUCCUCACCCCUUUUCACCCCUCUUCAUUCCUCUUCAGCCCUCUUCACCCCUCUUCAUUCCUCUUCACCCCUCUUCAACCCUCUUCACCCCUCCUCAUCCCUCUUCCCCCUCUUCAUCCCUCUUCACCCCUCUUCAACCUUCUUCAACCCUCUUCACCCCUCCUCAUUCCUCUUCACCCCUCUUCACCCCUCUUCAUUCCUCUUCACCCCUCUU